UGUGUGUGUGUGUGUGUGUCUGUGUGAAAUUAUGAUCUUGGCUGUUUUCAUGUGACUGCGUUUCCGUUGCUUGCUUGCUUCCGCAAUUACUAAAGACACUGCAGAGAUGCAGAUGUCAAGCACUUUGCAUCUCCGAAGAGACCAAGCCAACAGAACCUCCCCGCAAACCGAUGUAAUGGUCUUCUGUAAACUUCACACAGGAGCGGAGGGCGCGAUCCUGGCCGCUGGGUCAUGAUGCUUCAACAAUCUCUUCCACCUUCAUCACAGUGAUCAUGUUAAGAUGCCGGUGUUCGAUUGCUUGUCCAUCGUGGUCUGUCACGCCGUGGUGUCACUGCUGCUGGUCCUGCUUUCAGCCUCAGGACAUCCGCAGACUUUCCCCUGCAGACUGAUCCAAGGCACGGCUCUGUGCAACAGCUGUCAGCUCUCCACCAUACCAGAUCAUUUACCACAUCAAAUUGAGGAGAUCUUCUUAGAUAAGAACCUUAUGUUAAAUCUUCAAGAUGGCUGUCUCUCUAGGUAUCCGUUUUUACGGAUGUUGAGCUGUGCCAACAAUCGGCUAAUGACGGUGGAAGAGAGUGUGUUCUCUGAAUCGCCUCUAUUAGAAAGCCUCAAUUUAGCCGACAAUGAGCUUCAUUACGGACACAAGCAGGUGGCCAAGUCCUUCAGCUCUCUGUCCAAACUAAAGACACUUGAUCUUUCAGGUAAUGGUCUCUCGGCGGACAUGGUGUCUGUGCUGGUACAGAAUCUGUCCUCGCUUGAGACUCUAUACUUGUCCCGGAAUUCCAUGCUGAGGCUGGAUGAGUCAACAUUCAGAAGCCUUCAUCAGCUUAAGGAGCUGAACGUCGAGAGAAAUUUGUUGUUUGAGAUCAGUGGAGCAUUUGAUCACAUGAAAAAACUCCAGAGGUUGAACCUGGCCUUCAACUGCUUGCCAUGUUUGGUCAACUUUGAAAUGACUCAACUACUGGUCCUAAACGCCAGCCACAAUUCAAUCGAAUGGUUCAUAACCAACCAAUCUCUUAAUGAGACUUUUCAGCUGGAGACAUUGGAUCUAUCCGACAACCAUUUGCUGUUCUUUCCAUUCCUUCCAACAUACAACCGAAUAAGAACUUUGCUGUUGUCAAAUAAUCUAGUUGGUUUUUACCAACACUUUGCAAAUGACACAUCUUCAAACUGGACCACUAGGGUUGAGUACUACAACUUGGGGCAAAAUGUGAGCAACAUCACAAUGGAGAUCUGGAAUGAGAACCUUCACGGUGAUCUUUCCUCGGUGGAGCUCCUGGACCUGAGUGAAAACAAGGUAAACUACUUCCCCCAUGGAUUCAUUCAACAGAUGCCGCAUCUUUACUGGCUGAGGCUGAGAAGUAACUGUUUGCAGUCCAUUAGUUUGACGCCUGAAGAUCUGCCAGUCACCCUUUACGAACUGGACAUUAGCCGAAACAGGUUAACUGAGCUAAAAGCAAGCCAACGCUCUAUUAGUGAGCUAAAUAAUCUCACACAUCUGAAUCUGAGUACAAAUGACCUUCAGAAACUUCCAUCUAGGAUAUUUACUAGUCUACCAAAUCUUAGCACACUAGAUCUCAGUCACAAUGCAGUGGACGUGUGUUACUUGCCAAACUACAAAAGUUUCUCAGGAUGUGUUGUGUUGUCCAACAUGGUUUCCCUAAAACAGCUUUAUCUUGCCGGCUGUAGCAUUCAAAACAUACCAUCUUCAGUGUUCAAGGGCACUCCACUAACCCACCUUGAACUUUCCAGCAAUCCAGACCUACACCUCAAACAGGAAUCUCUGGAAGGUCUCGCAAACACUUUACAGCACUUGGGACUUGGCAAUACCGGUCUUCAAGACUUCGACUUUUCUCCGUACAGCCAAUUGAAGUCUUUAAACAUCUGUAGAAACUCACUACUAGAGAUUCCCGAAUCUCUAAUGGCAUUAAACCUCAAACUUCUGGACUUGAGGGAUAACAUGUUGACAACCAUUCAGUCCCAACAUGCUAGCAUGUUAGCUCAAAGACUGCAGACUGUUUAUAUGAAUGGAAAUGCAUUUAACUGUUGCCAUUUAGACUGGUACAGGACCUUCAGGAAGAAUAAAGACAUUAAUGUUGUAGAUCUCUCCGAGAUUACUUGUUUGGACAUGAACCACAGGCAUCACAAGAUCGUCCUUUUGGACGUUGUCUACUGUGGUGGUAUGGGUAAUGAGGAGUCUGCUGUGUGGUACAUCCUUCUCUUUUUAACAGUCAGUAUUUCCAUCAUGGGUAUUUCUGUCAUUUACAUGCUCACCUUUAAGCCAAGAAUGUUGCCUCGCGCUAUUAAAAAGAGAUGCUGGCGGCCGACUCCUUAUUGAGAAACGUUGUAAAACUAAUGAAUGUCUCUGUAAAAUAAGGGGCUAACAUGCAAAUAUGCUCAGACAACUGGACAUAACAUAACAGAAAUAAAAUUUAGGCCAUAUUGGUCUUUAAGAAUGUGAAUGUAUUUCAUUUUAUCGUCAAUUAAAUGCGUGAAAAUA